AUGCACCAUGCUCUUUCGAUACCAGAGAUACUCACCCAAGUAUUCUCUGAAUUGGACCAGAGCAGUAACUGCGCCACUGCUCGAGUCUGCAAGCAAUGGUCUCCGAUAUCUCUGGACGAGGUCUGGCGCGAUGUGUUUCUGGGCGAUGUCUUUAGAUCUCUUGGGCAGAUGCGUCUACAAACGGACCACAGUGUUCCAAUCGGUGUAUCCCUAAUUUUUGUUGAACCGAUCCUGGUGGAAGACUGGACACUAUUCCUGAAAAACACGCGUCGUGUUCGGCACGUCAAAGAUCCUUUAUACUUCGAUGAUUAUCCUUUGUCAUCGGCCGCCGUGCAAGAAAUCCUCUCCUCCCGCACGAGCGCCCAAAUCUUUCCCAACUUGCGAUCUAUACGCGGCUUCAUUCUGGGUUAUAGCUUCGAGCCCAUGUUCAUGUCGAACAAUGUCCUUGAAAUCGCGAUCGUCUUGAAGCGUCGUGGCAAUCAGUGGCCCACGAUCGAGGCGUUCCACAAGCGUGUCCUUCUCAUCAUCAAUCGUAUGCCGAAUAUAGAGCGACUGUCAAUCAUCUCCGAUAGUCCUUUCGAAGAACUCGAAGAGGACAUCUCCCUCCUAAUUUCUCGUCUACCUACGCUCAUUGAACUCAGAUUUCCAGUGUUCUGCCUUCGCCCAACCAUCACGAGAGUUGCUGCAGGCUUGAGGCGACUCAAGACUCUUGAAGUCACGCGUGAAUAUUCGCAGCUCGAAGGCAGUGAGAAUACGACCUACUCAUGCAUGCUGCCGCGCGACGUAGAUGACCCCUACCCUGCACUUCGACAUCUCUCAUUCGCGGCCCACCGUCUUAAUGUCUUGACUUUCAUGCGACCGCUGAAUCGUCUCAACUUGACCACAUUCGGAUACCACAUGUUGGGUGGCAAUUCCUGGCUCGUCGCUCUACCUGAAGACCUGGAGAGACCUGGAGGCGCAAAGACGUCUCCAACGUUUGGCCUCGAAGUGCUUUCGUUGAUCUGUCGAUUCCCCCGCCUCAAGUCAUUCUCCAUUCAUGCCGCGCAUCCGUUAAACAUCACCGAAGAACAGCUGUCGGGGCUUGCUACUGGGUGGACGGCCAUAGAGGAGCUCGAUCUAAACAAAACACCUCUCAUACGUUCCCAGUCUUCGCUUCCUCUCAAAUCUCUCCUUCAUUUCAGGAACUGUCGAAACCUCCGUUUCCUGGGCCGGUAUCUCAGAAUCGACGACGACGACGAGUUUCCCUCUAUACCGUCGCACCCAGACGAAGCAUUGAUGUUUCCCUACACCGUCAUAGAUCUCGGGUCAUCAUCCUGCAAGGUUCACUACUUGAACUGUCUAAAUCCGCUGUUUCUCAGAGAUAUCGCGCUUUUAUUUGCUGCGAUUCUCAGAGACCCGAAUCGUCUUCGAUGGAAUCAUGGUGGUAGUUCCUCAGACGGCGACGACCAACCUGAGCCCGAUGAGAGGACCCCAUUAGAAGAUCGUACACGUAGCCACAGCAUUCAGAGCAUCACUGCGUUCUUCAGGACGUUCGUGAAGGAGCGAGUGGUGCAGGAUAUGUUAAAGAGGGAGUUGGCCGCUCGCGAGAGAUCUCACGCGUUUGAGCUUCAACGGGCGAGAGAGGAUGUGGAGAGCCUUCGACGAGAGUUGCAGCGGAAUAUUGCAUAA